AUGACUGCGCUGCUUUACAACGUCAGCGUUCCCGGGAAUACAGCCGCUCAGCUGCAGGCCUCAGACUCUCCCUUCAACCUGAGUGCAGCGGGGCAGGAUGCUCUCGGCUCAGGAGAGUCACUGGCCCCGCUCUGCACCCUCUGCUGCUGUGGAUAUGUCAAUCGUACCUUGGCAGUGGUGUUCAUGGUUACCCUGGCCUUUGCCAUUGUGGUUGGAAAUGUGGUCACCCUAACUGUCUUUGUGCAAACGAGGCAGUCCCGAACACCUCAGGGAUACCUGAAAGUGUCUCUGGCCAUAGCAGACAUGAUGGUCGGUGUCCUGGUGGUCCCUUUCUGCGUCUACACGGAGAUCUCUCUCAUGUUGACCAGCUCACCUCCCUCUUGGUACCAGGGUAGUUCUACUUUCCUGGACAACUCUUCUUCUCUCGGGGGACUGGUGAGCACUUGGCAGCCCUGCCUGCUGAUUGGCCCCGUAUUUGCUGGAUGCACCUUCGUCUCCAUCAGCACUAUCUUCCUCAUGACGCUGGAGCGAAGUGUGGCCAUCCUACGACCUCUCCACAAGGAUGUCCUGGUGACCCGGAGAAGAACUCUACUGCUCAUCCUGCUCUCCUGGGCUGCCAGCUUACUGUUGGCUCUUGCACCCCUCAUCUUCAGCAGGAACUUCAUUUUGGAGUACAAUGAGUGCAGUCGUAUGUGUAACUACACCCCUCUAAUGUUCGGGAGCCAGCUGCCACCCGAUGCCUACAUUUUGCUGUUAUUCCCAGCAUUUGACUUCACACUGCUUGGCGGCACAUUAGCUGUUAACAUUGUGUCUUUUACGAGCAUCAGACGGUACUCCCAAAAACGCAAACUGCUCUCAGAGGGGAGUCUGAGUGACGGAGCGGGAGGAGGAGGAGGAGGUGGGGGAGGGUGCUCUCACAGGCCCUCCUUUUCAGACAUUAAAGCCGCAAAGACAAUAAGCAUACUCACAUUCGCCUUCACAGCAUCCUUCUCUCCCAUCGCGGUGUUUGUGCUCGGGAACGUGGUGGGAUACACCUGGUGUAACUUUUCCUUUUUUGCCUUCUGGAUCCUGGCAGGAAACAGUUGCUGUAACGUCAUCAUCUACAGCGUCAGGGACCACCGCUUCAGGAAGGGUUUGAAACUGCUCUUUCAGCGAGACCCCCCACAUGCUGAGAAGUCCUGAGGGACUUGUGAAUUUAAAAGCAACAAGA